CCUCUGUUACCUCAUGGCCAAGUCCAAGAAGAACAAGCAACCCGAUCCGCCGUCGCUGGUCGAGGCCGGAUCUGCCAAGAAGCGCAAGACUGAAAAUGGUAGUGCACAGAGACGCAAACGUUCAAAGGCAACGGAAAACACCAAUAUGAGUAAAAUCAAGGGGCAGCGAUUCAAUGGAAAGCUUGUGGUGCCGGAAAAGACGCGUGUUGCUGGAAAGCUUGUUAAACCGGCAGCAAAGAAGGCUAAUGAGGGUGUGACCGAGGAUGACUUUGCAUCGUUCGGUUCUGACGAUGAGGAAGCGGCAAGUGAUGAGGAAGGCGUUCCUGCAGCGGAAAAAGCAGCGCUGUUUGACUCUGAUUCUGAGCUGGCAGACGAGAAUGACGACCCGCUUGCCGAUGGAUCUGACGACGAUGUCAUGUUGACGGACGAGGAAGAGGAGCAGGCACGCGGCAUGUUUUCUGACUCUGAUGACGAGGAACUCUUGACGGCUGCCAACAUGGAGGCCAUGUCUCGCAAGAUUGACGAGGAGGAAGCCGAAGAUGAGGAGCUUGCUGAGCAAGAAUUGCUCGAACCCGGUAUGGAGGCGCCUCAAAUUCUGCCAUCACAAGAUGAAUUGGAUGCUGGUGGCAGUCAAGACCUCAAGGUGGUCUCAUCACGUUUGCAAGAAAUUGUGCGCGUGCUUUCAGACUUCAAGUCACUUGGAGAAGCGGGCAAGUCACGGCAAGAGUACGUUGAUCAGUUCACACGCGAUGUCAUCACCUACUUUGGCUACUCGGAGUACCUCGCAGAGCGGUUCAUUUCCUUCUUCUCACCAGGAGAAGCACUCGCCUUUUUCGAAGCUAAUGAGACACCGCGACCUAUUGUCAUCCGUGUCAAUACUCUCAAGACAACCAAGCGAGAUCUCUCAAAAGCGCUCAUUGACCGUGGUGUCAAUCUCGGCGAAGUCGGCAAAUGGACCAAAUGUGCCUUGCAAAUUCAUGAGUCGACCGUGCCGAUUGGUGCCACCCCUGAAUACAUGGCAGGUCACUACAUUCUACAAGCAGCAUCAUCGCUCGUGCCCGUAUUGGCGCUGAAACCUGUGUCUGGCGACAAGGUGCUCGACAUGGCAGCAGCACCAGGCGGCAAGACCUCGUUCUUGGCACAAGAAAUGAAGAAUGGUGGAGUGAUCAUCGCAAAUGAAGUCUCAAAGAGAAGACAAAAAUCCCUUGUCGGCAAUGUCGUUCGCAUGGGUUGUCGCAAUGUCGUUUCGGUUGGAUUUGAUGGUCGUGAUUUCGGUGCCGGCAAGACUGGUGUCGGUGCCUUUGACAAGGUAUUGCUUGAUGCGCCUUGUUCAGGCACUGGUGUCAUUCACAAGGAUCCUUCCGUCAAGACGAACCGUACAGAGAAAGACUUCCAGGUGGUCUCGCAACUACAACGGCAGCUCUUGUUGUCUGCUAUUGACAGUCUCAAGGUGGAUGGUGUUGUUGUGUACUCGACCUGUUCAGUCAUGAUUGACGAGAAUGAAAUGGUGGUGGACUACGCGCUGCGCAAUCGCAAUGUCAAGCUGGAGAAAAUUGAAGUGAACGUUGGUGAGCAAGGGCUUACAAGCUUCAAGGAAAAACGCUUCCAUCCAACCCUCAACCUCACAAAGCGCUUCUACCCGCAUGUACACAACAUGGACGGCUUCUUCGUGUCGCGACUACGAAAACUUGGCAAUGAAAAGGCGGCGACACCAGCAACAGUUAAGAAUAUCGCCAAGGCUGAGGAAGAAAUUGACGCAACUGUUUUGGAACAGGUCGAGGAGGAUGACGAGGGUGUUCCCGUAUUUGACAAUUCAGAGGAUGAUCAGAUUAUUGCAGAGGGACGUCGGCAUGAGUUGCGUAAGAAGGGCAAGAGGAUUGGCUCGAAACCCGUUGAAGAGGAUCCGGCACCUGUGAAGCAGAGUAAGCCUGAGCCUACAUUGAGCAAGCAGCCAAAGAAGCCAGCAUUCAAGAAGGACCGGCCGAAGCCCAAGAUUAUCGAUUAUGGCAAGCCGCAGAAGUAGUGUUUAUAGUGACACUAUGCUGCGGGAUUUGGAUGUUCCUGGUCGCGGGAUGACACUAUAUCCUGAUACUACACUUCAAUGGUCUAUACAAUCAUCGUUCACCUUGUAGCUAAAGCAGAGCAUAUCGAAACACUCAAGGCAAAGCUUGUUGAGGCUUCUCAAGUCUACAGCAAGGACAAGGAAACUAUUUCAUGGUUCGUUCACCAAUCUGUGCAGAAUCCUGCCGAAUUUGCCAUUAUCGAGCGCUUUGAUCAAGAGUCUUCCCAAGAAGAACACCUCACCAAUCCCUACUGGAAGACGUUUGACCCUUACGUCAAGCCAUUGCUUACUAAACCCAUGGAUUUGCGUCGCUUCGAAGAGCUCGACACGAGCAAGACUGUGCAAGUUCCAGAAAAGACUUGGUCGGCUACGGACUACACAUUUUAA